AUGUCAAAUAAUACCGAAAGUGCAGAAUUGGUAUCACAUGUGGAAACCAGUUUAUCAUUGCCCGAUAUUUUGCCCACACCCUCCAAAACAUACGAUAAAAAUCGAGCACCCAAAUUGCUGGGUCAACCGACAGUGGUGUAUUUUCAUGUGACCGUUUUAUCGUUAGAUUCCAUAAAUGAGGAGUCAAUGACCUAUGUAACCGAUAUAUUUUUAGCACAAAGUUGGCGUGAUCCACGUUUACGUUUACCUGAAAAUAUGAGUGAAGAAUAUCGUAUAUUGGAUGUGGACUGGCUGCACAGUAUAUGGCGGCCAGAUUGUUUUUUUAAAAAUGCCAAGAAAGUAACCUUUCAUGAGAUGAGCAUACCCAAUCAUUAUUUGUGGCUAUAUAAUGAUAAGACGCUGCUGUAUAUGUCCAAACUUACCUUGGUUUUGUCCUGUGCCAUGAAAUUUGAAUCAUAUCCCCAUGAUACACAAAUAUGUUCCAUGAUGAUAGAAAGUUUGUCGCAUACGGUGCAGGAUUUAGUAUUUAUUUGGAAUAUGACGGAUCCUUUAGUGGUGAAUAGUGAAAUUGAAUUGCCUCAAUUAGAUAUAUCAAAUAAUUAUACGACCGAUUGUACGAUAGAAUAUUCGACAGGCAAUUUCACUUGUUUAGCCAUCGUUUUCAAUUUACGUCGACGUUUGGGUUACCAUUUACUGCACACCUAUAUACCGUCGGCUUUAAUUGUUGUCAUGUCCUGGAUUUCGUUUUGGAUUAAACCGGAAGCUAUACCGGCUCGUGUCACCUUGGGCGUCACCUCGCUAUUAACAUUGGCCACACAAAAUACUCAAUCACAACAGUCACUGCCACCUGUGUCCUAUGUUAAAGCCAUUGACGUUUGGAUGUCCUCGUGUUCGGUAUUUGUAUUUUUAUCUCUGAUGGAAUUUGCUCUGGUCAACAAUUAUAUGGGGCCGGUAGCGACGAAAGCAAUGAAGGGUUAUUCAGAUGAGAAUAUCAGUGAUUUGGAUGAUUUGAAACAUCAUCAUCGUGAAUCAAUAAUUGAACCACAAUAUGAUACAUUUUGUCAUGGUCAUGCCACAGCGAUAUAUAUUGAUAAAUUUUCUCGUUUCUUUUUUCCAUUUUCAUUUUUUAUCUUAAACAUUGUCUACUGGACAACAUUUCUGUAAUAUUUAAGGACAUUUGUAAAAAGAAUCACACUUUUUUGUUAUUAAUAAUAAUAAAAACACAUACAUUUGUUUUAAAAAUGUUAUUACAAAAAAAACAAACAAA